GUCACACGGGUCUCAAGUUUGUCGUUCAAAGUUCGCUGGUUUUAAAUGUAAGUUAAGAAAACAACCUGCGCCGUCAAAUAUUCGACGUCGAUAAUCGUCCGCGGACGGGAUAAGCUGUUUGUGAAGCGGAAGGAUUAAAUUUAUCGAAUCCUCGUGCAAUCCCGUAAGGCCGGCUCGAUCUGUGAUUAACGGUCAUACCGAAGCCGAUAGAAAAUUUCGGGGGAUGCGACAGCCAAGGGACGAUGCUGGGACCCGGGACGUGGGAGCCGUGGUUUCUUCUCCUAGUGGCCACCCUCUCCAUCGUCAUAGCGAACCAACAUCAUCAGUUCGAUAAUCACUCGGUUCAUCUCCACGAAAGGACCACCACCAGGAAACCGAGGAACGAAUCCUACUUCCAAGAUGAACCGAGCCUGAAACUUCCUCCAAUACGAAUCCCGCACCUAAGGCAUCACCACGUCACCCACUGGGGACCCUACUUCGAGAACGUGAAGAACGAGGAUGUCAGCACCGGCGGUGUUCGCCACGUCGCUGUCCAUCUAGGCACGACAGCAAUGCUCGAUUGUCGAGUCGCCAUGCUGUCCGACAAGACGGUUAUGUGGAUGAGACGAAACGGGGAAAGAGUUUCCCUGCUGACGGUCGCGAAAAAUACCUACAGCUCGGAUCUGCGGUACAGUUUGUACUUCCAAUACCCGAACAACUGGAGGCUGGCCAUAUCUUCGGUGCGACGAGAAGACCAUGGACUCUAUGUCUGCCAGGUGAAUACCCAUCCCCCAAGAAUGCUCACGACGAACGUCACGAUUUUAGCACCCGAGAUAAGGAUUCUGGACGAAGCGGGUCACGAGGUGAAGGACCGUUACUACAAGACAGGAAGUGGAGUGGAGCUUGCGUGUAUUGUCCGAAGCUCGUGGCGCACGAUUGGAAACCUGGUUCCCACGUGGUUGAAAAAUGGUGCGAAAAUUCCUGACCACGUAAAAAUUUACCAUGUCAACGGAUCUGCUGAAAAGCUCGUCACCAGAAUCUACAUAGAAAGCGCAGCAAAGAGCGACAGCGGUGAAUACACCUGCAGCUUUGACCAGCACAGCACUUCUUUGGUGCAUCUGCACGUUUUGAACGGCGAGAAGCAAGCUGCUGUACACCAUGACCAAUGGAAUUCCGGCAAGACGGAGAGACCGAACAGAAAAACUAUUACAGUGUUUUUGGCUAUCCUGUUAAGUGAUUUACUCGCAGUGAUCCAAAAGUGAGAAAAACUCGUUUUCGGCUUACCAAUGAUAGGGGAGCGUCCUUUAUUCUACGUAAGAUAAUACACUGAGAAGAACAUUCGUUAGAUUCAAAGGAAUAACGAUUAAUAAAAAUUAAUUGACUUCAUGAGAAUAUUUUAUCUUCAACUGAGCCCUACUUGAACUUAUAUAAAAUCAUUUCUUCUUCAACUACGAAACAACAAGCUAUUCGAGUACCUUAUUGAGUAAAGAAAAUUGAUCGCUGGUUGUUAAAAAAUAUUCUACAAGAAAAAAGUCUCAAUUUUAGUGGAACAGAACCAAAUUUGUUUAAACAAUCAAUACUCACUCAUAGAGCUAGGUAAAUAUUUUGUGAGGUUGUAAAUAGCGUAAUAAUAUUGACUAAAUUGCAUUGACAGUUUGUAAAACAAAGUGGUUUCAUUAGAUAAAGGUGAAUUUUCUCAACCGUGUUGAAUUAUUUUUUUAUCUCAUGGGUAUAAGUAACGUUCAGUUGAAGUUGAAAUAUUUCAUUGAAUGCAAUCAAUUAAAUGCUAGUCAAGUAAAUUUUUUUCUCGUCGUGUAUAUACACGUAAUAAAAAAUAAUAUAACAGUAUUAUUCCAUAAGUAUCAUUAAGUAAGUUUAUACUCAUACAUGAACAAGAUGAGGCAUACGAGUCGUUGCAAGUUAAUGUCUCAAAAGAUCUGCGGAGUGUUGAAAAAAUAAGCUGUAUAAGUCGCAGAGAUAAAUGUGUACUGAACAUGUUUCCUUUCUUUUUUUUCUGUUCAAAUUUAAGUCGCACGCUCAAUUUCUAAUACAGAAUUGUAGCACAUGAACAACAAGUUAGCAAUAGACUUAAAGUGUAAAAGCGAAAAUUUUUUCAAGUAAAUUUAAAUGGACUACGAAAAUUCCAAUUCGGAAUCUAUUACACUGUAAGCAGGGAUCGGCAAUA